AUUAAAAAACCACAAAUGUCAACUUCCCCACCAACCUCUUGUGAUUGGAUGCUCCUGGUUGAACAGAAGAAUAUAAAUGUCCGGGUUACAACCAUGGAUGCUGAGCUGGAGUUUGCCAUCCUGCCCAGCACAACCGGCAAACAGCUUUUUGACCAGAUAGUAAAGACGAUCGGGCUGAGGGAAACCUGGUUCUUUGGCCUCCAGUACCAGGACAGCAAAGGCUUCUCCACCUGGCUCAAACUGAACAAGAGGGUGACAGCUCAAGAUGUGAAGAGGGACAACCCUUUGUUGAUUAAGUUUAGGGCCAAGUUUUAUCCCGAGGAUGUCGCCGAUGAACUGAUCCAGGAGGCGACACAGCGCCUCUUCUUUUUGCAGGUAAAGGAGAGCAUCCUGAAUGAUGACAUAUACUGCCCACCUGAGACUGCGGUGCUCCUGGCAUCAUAUGCAGUUCAGGUCAAACACGGGGACUACAGGAAAGACUAUCACGUACCGGGAUACCUCACAAGAGACAAGCUGCUGCCACAGAGGGUUUUGGAGCAGCACAAGCUGAAUAAGAAUCAGUGGGAGGAACGAAUCCAGGUGUGGCAUCAAGAGCACAAGGGAAUGCUGAGGGAAGACGCCAUGGUGGAGUACCUGAAGAUAGCCCAGGACCUUGAGAUGUACGGGGUCAACUACUUUAACAUCAAGAACAAGAAAGGAUCAGAGCUGUGGCUGGGAGUGGACGCACUGGGGCUGAACAUCUAUGACAAAAAGGACAGGAUGACCCCAAAGAUUGGCUUCCCGUGGAGUGAGAUCAGAAAUAUUUCCUUCAAUGACAAGAAGUUCGUCAUCAAACCAAUCGACAAGAAAGCUCCAGACUUUGUUUUCUACGUACCCCGUCUUCGCAUCAACAAACGUAUCCUGGCCUUGUGUAUGGGGAAUCAUGACCUGUACAUGCGCAGACGUAAACCUGACACCAUUGAGGUGCAGCAGAUGAAGGCCCAGGCCAGGGAGGAGAAGAACAAGAGGCAGAUGGAAAAGGCUCUACUCGAGAGUGAGAAAAAAAAGCGUGAAAAUGCUGAGAAGGAAACAGAGAAGAUUGCUCGUGAGACCAUGGAGCUGAUGGAGAGACUGAGACAGAUUGAAGAGCAGACAAAGAGAGCCCAAGACGAGCUGGAGGAGCAGACUCGCAGGGCUCUUGAGUUAGAGAAGGAGAGGACAAUUGCUCAGGAGGAGGCUGAGCGUCUGGAAAAGGACCGCAGGUCUGCAGUGGAAGCUAAAGCAGCCCUGCUGCACCAAUCUGAGACCCAGCUCAAGAACCAGGAGAGCCUGGCCACUGAGCUGGCAGAGCUUACCUCUAAGAUAUCCCAGCUGGAAGACGCCAAGAAGAAAAAGGACGAGGAGGCAAAGAGAUGGCAGAAAAGGGCCGUUGUCGUAGAAGCUGAUUUGGAACGAACCAAAGAGGAGCUGAAAACUAAACUCAUGGGUGUCCACAUCCAGCAUUCGGUCCACCCUCAUAUGCAUGAGCACGACGAGACGGACGAGAGCAGCGCGGAGGCGAGCGCUGAGCUGACCUCUCCAGGCAUGGUCCGAGAUCGCAGCGAGGAGGAAAGAGUAACGGAGGCCCAGAAGAACCAGAGACUGCAGAAAAACCUCAAGUUCCUGAGCACGGAGCUGGCUGGAGCCGUAGACGAGAGCAAAAAGACCCCCAAUGACCUGAUCCACGCCGAGAAUGUGAGGGCGGGCCGUGACAAAUACAAGACCCUACGUCAGAUUCGCCAGGGCAACACCAAACAACGCAUCGAUGAAUUUGAGUCCAUGUGAGAGAGGCUGCUGUAGGCCUCACCCUGAGAUGGGGAGAUGAUGAUGGUGGAAGAUGAGGAUAGAUGAUAAAAUCGUGGAGCGUAGGUGCAGAUUUUUGCAUAUGUAGAAAAAGAACCUGAAAUAACGGCGAACGUGAUGACAAAUUAUAUUGUUGCUGUGCUUUGAUGCCUUUCAUGUCCAUGAUUAUAAUGGCAUUUCAUCAGGAGACAAGUCAGUGUAGAAAUGUUUUUAAUUUCAUAGAAACCAAAAAACACAUUUGCAGUCCACUUCAGUGCUGAUAACAUGAGACGUGCUGCUGUUCACGAGCUCGGGCUCACCGCUUCUAUCGAUCUUUUCCUUCUUCCCUUCAGUGGUGGUCAUUUUAACAGAUAAAAACAGCAGAAUUCAGACACCAGAGCUAUUAUUUACAUCUGAAAUAGCUUUAGCACCAAAAGAAGAAUAAUUACAUCAUUCAAACUUCCAUUUAGUAGAUAUCUCCACAGUGUUGCAUGACAGGGGAGAAUAGUUUUUUUAACUACUUUUUCCCACAAAAACCCUUCGAUUUUGAAUUUGUUCUCCAGUCCAGUCCCUCGAACAUUACUGUACCACAACAGGCCAGUCAGGCUUUAAAUAUUUUGGGAGCCUCGUUCUCUUUGGGCCCUCUGCAGUUUACUCAGUGGUUACCUAAAUAGGUUUAAGAAGUGAUUUUUCAGUUCAUUGUACUUUCAGCUAUGAUCCAAUUCCAACAGUGCUAAACCUGGAUAACGCACCCAUUAAUUCCAGCUUGUUACAGGCAACAGGAACCUGUUCCCACUGAAAACUGCGCAGAACAGUAGAGUACAUCAUCUAUGCUCUCAUCUAUGAAAACUGUCAAACUUAUUCCACACAUUUGCAAUCUCUAUAUGCCAACUAAUGAAAAAUCUUCCUUAAUGAAUGCGAUGACAUUUAAGACAAUUGUUAUUAUUCCUUCUAAAUGUUAAAUCCUCUAUUCUUUAUCACAGAAAUAAAGUGCACAGA